CGAAUUGCUGGCUAGGGUUUCUUUUUCUUUUGGGCGCUAGUGGACUCGGGGCGAUUUUCUCCGCUCUACCUACAAAAAGUUCAAGUAUCAAAUUCUUUCUUUCCCUCCUUCAAAGGCAUAACACCAUGUACGGAUCCAGAGGGGCAAUGUUUGGGAGCGGGGGGGUUUCGGACGGGUACGAGGUCGGCUCAAAGAGACAAAGAAUGAUCGAAUCGAAUCCCUACUUCGCAGUGAGCGGAAGUGCCGGCGGUUACCAGCCUUACAGUUAUGGUGGUGGGUUUCACCCCAUCUUUCCUGUGGUUCGUCUCCGAGGACUACCAUUCAACUGUACGGACAUGGACAUAUUCAAGUUCUUUGCUGGGCUUGAUAUUGUGGAUGCACUUCUGGUCAACAAAAAUGGACGGUUCUCAGGGGAGGCUUUUGUUGUCUUUGCAAGCCCAAUGCAGGCUGACUUUGCACUCCAGAGAGAUCGCCAAAACAUGGGUCGUAGGUAUGUGGAGGUAUUUAGAUGCAAGAAACAGGACUACUACAAUGCGGUAGCUGCUGAGGUGAGCUAUGAAGGAAUUCUUGACAACGAUUACCAUGGCAGCCCCCCUCCGUCACGAUCAAAGAGGUCCAUCGACAAGGAUCAGUUAGAGUACACUGCGGUUCUAAAGCUACGAGGUCUACCGUUCUCUGUGACCAAGUCGGAGAUUAUAGACUUCUUUGAAGAGUUUGAUUUGACAGAAGACAAGAUACACAUCGCAUGCCGCCCAGAUGGGAAGGCUACUGGUGAGGCGUACGUGGAGUUCAUUUCAGCUGAUGAGGCCAAGAAAGCCAUGAGCAAGGACAAGAUGACUAUUGGGUCUCGGUAUGUGGAAUUGUUUCCUUCAACACCCGAAGAGGAAAGGCGAGCUGAAUCAAGAUCAAGGCAUUUGGUUGGUCAUUAAUGUGGCUGCUUGUCUGCUUGAUGAUGUUUCUUUUUUUUUGGUGUAGUACUGGCUGUUUAACUUCAUGCUGGUUCGAUGUCAACUACUUUUGCUAGGGGACCCCAAUUUGGUUUCUAACUUUCUAUCAGGUUCUUUUAUUUGAAUAUUUAGUUCUGGUUGUUUAAUAUAUUCCUUCUAAUGUUAUAAUGUAGACAAUUUAUCAAAAUUGUGGCUUUUAUUAUUAUGUUA